GCGCUACACCUUUGAGUGUAAUAGUAAUGCAUAUGACACGUUGCAAGGAGAGGUGUUAUACACAGAUCUGGCAACAGUGUCUCGCUGCUCCAGCUGGUCGCAGUUGUUUACCUGGAGCUCAGCUGGCAGCUACAUCACUCACUCCUCACCAACACUAACCAUGUCUCAGUCAAAAAUUGUAGUGGAGGCUGCAGAAAGGAACAAAGAGCCAAUCUUGAAAGUGUUAGAAGAUGUCAUCCCAGAGAAGUUUGGUGCAGGAUCUCCGUCGUUAUCUGCACUAGAAAUUUCCUCUGGAAGUGGCCAGCAUGUGGUAUAUUUUGCAGAAAAAUUCAAAAACAUAAUGUGGCAACCAUCUGAUAUUGAUGAAAAGUAUAUUGAAAGCAUCAAGGGAUUUAUUGCUGAUGAAAAUUUGGAAAAUGUAAAAAGUCCUUUAGUAAUUGACAUAACAAAGCCUAUCAGCGAAUGGCCUGUAGCUUUUACUGAAAAUUGCCUCGACUUAAUUAUUAAUAUUAACAUGGUCCAUAUUACACCUUGGUCAUGUACUGAAGGCUUGUUUGUUACUGCGGGAAAGCUCCUCAAGCCCAAUGGCAUCAUGAUUACUUAUGGACCUUAUGCUAUACAUGGAGAGAUUACACCUGAGAGCAACGUUUCCUUUAAUGCAUCGUUGAAGAAAGAAAAUGAGGCAUGGGGGCUGCGAGAUGUUGAUGACCUGGAGAAAGAGGCAAAGAAGAAUGGCAUGACAUUUGAUGCCAUGUUCAACAUGCCUGCUAACAACAAGAUCCUUGUGUGGCUAAAGAGCGAAGAAAAAGAACUGGCAUAAAAUGAAGAGAGGGAACAGUGUGGUUGUCCAUUCAUGCGAUAAGUACAUUGGUCACUUAACUGGUAGAAACUGUUACCAAGGGUCAUGGGUACUUGACAGUGUAAUUUUUUAUCUUUGGAAGACUUGAUUUCUAACAUGACCAUACAGCUGAUGCUUAAGGUUUGUUUAGAGUAAUAUAUGGUAAAAUAUGCUUAUGUAGAUUAAUAGCUUUACUAUUUAUUAUUUUGUCUUGAUUUCUUAAAUUGUAUACAAUUUCAAACAAACAUAAUGAAUAUACAAUUAAGCAUGUUUCUCCCACUGUUUUAACUUAAUAUGCACAGCUUUUUUUUUUUUUCCUUCAAAAUUGCAGUAUUCCAUGAACAAUAUACCAAAGAUUAUUUUCUGCCUAAACCAGUGCACUAAGUACUUGUAUAACCAUUAAAUGUUUGAGCUUGAUGCACAUUUUAAAAGUGAGGUAAUGUAAGCAUUUCACCAAUAUGCACAGAGGAAUUUCAGGCUACUCAUUUAAAAAGUUUACUGUACAUCUAGUUAAUCAGACACACAGACAGAGCAAGCCAUUGUUAAACCAAUUUAUUGCCCUACAAGAACUUCAAGCAACCUGAUAAUGCUCUCACUAAGCAGAAUGCUAUUGUAAUAAAGGUUUGCCGUCUACAUGACUUUGAUUUACUAUGUGUCAGCUUACUGCCUAUCUUUCAGACUGUAUCUAGGCCAGUUGGGUAUACCAGGUUAGUGUUGGACUUUACUCACAGUUGAACUGUGUUUCAUUGAUAUUUAUUUUUUCUAAUACAGUAUAUAUAUGUAUAUGUAAAACAAGUGUUCAUAUUAUAGUUUAUAUUUUUGCACUGGAAUGUAGUUGUAAAAUUUUAAUGUUACAUGGUGUGUAAGGAUGCAGAAUAGCUACAGUUUUCUAAUUAUUAUUGAAGGUUGAUCCUGGCAUUCGUGCCUUAAUGUUUAAAUUGGUGCUUUUUUCAGGGGAGUUCAUAUAUAGUACUGAAGCAGGAUUGAUAGAGCUUUUGUAUUCAGAAGGUUUAAAGACUACAGUUUGACAUGAGAAGGAAAGUGCUUGCUAAUAAUGAAAGUUUAUGCUGGAUAUGCUUACUACCAUUCUUGAAUGUUUUUAAUUGAAAAAAGAGCAGAUAUAUACACACCAUAAUCAUUUCUGUUGUAAGUUAAACUGCAUUAUUUCAAGUGUACUAACUGGUUAGUACAUAUUGUGUGCUGAACAUCUAUAAUGAUAUGUAGCAGGUAUAAUGAUAUGUAGCAGCUAUCUCAUAGUAUCCCUGAUAAUAUGUAACUUAAUUUUGCUAAAUAUAUAGCACCAAUUAUACAGAA